UUUCAUUGGUUGACAGCAGGGAAUACCUCCAUUGUUGAUGCAACGGUGUAAACAAUGUGAUAAGGCUGUUGGUAUCAAUAAGUACCCACUGUCAUGGCCGGAAACGACGACGAUACUCCACCAACGUACAGUGAGGCCGUGCAGGUGCUUACACGUGAAAUCCGGCACAAAUAUGGAAUCGACGCAUCUGACGUAGGGCGGGCGUUUCUGAUGAGCAACUCAGAUGUUGUCGCUAUAUUCCCACCUAACGAAGACGACGCCGGAAAUCAUGGGCGCUGCGUGAACCAGUCUCCAUCUGCAGUGACAUCACCCACGUCUCCGAAAACGGGCAGCGUACCGGGCGCCUCGGCAACACCAGCACAUCCUGCCUCUGAGAUCAACUCAACGAGUGCCCACCAAAGAAAUAUAGUCCCUGACUCAGGUCAGUCAGACAUUCGACCCCAAGGACAAUUUCGACAUCUUGUUCAGGAUCCUUUGGGCGUACUUGAUCAAAAGUCACGUGUACACAGCUCAUACCAUGUUCAUCCGGGUAACUCUAGAAUAGACAAUGGACGGACCAAUCAGGUUUCUAAUGUGUUACCCAAUCAGCCAAUCCGGGUGGUUGAAUAUCCUCUACCGGUCAGCUUUGAACAUGACUAUCAAGAAAUUCCGCAUAACUGCACACAGACCGAUAUUACCUGGGACGCUCCUGCUAACGCUGACUUGUUCGAGGAUUUAAUCUACAGUUUACAGAUAAUGGUUUUACGCGACUCGCAGGUAGUGAUUAGCUGGGAGAAUCUUGCAGAGUGCACGAAUAACCAGAUUCGGGUUUACAGGCUUGGAGAGAUGGUUAUGAUAAACAGAAAACGUUACAGAAGACUGUUUGGCAACCCCCCGAAACCGUUUGGGGUUGAUAUAAAACUGAGAAUCAGAGCUGAAGGAGUCCCAAAGGACUUGGAAGUGACGAGAAGGGUGGUUUGGAGUGAAAUUAAUUUACGAUUGUGGCGAGAAACAUCGUGAUUCAGUAAAAGAGUGAAGGAUCUACCAGUAAUCAAUGUAUGUCUGUGAUAUUAAAAUUGUCCAGUACGUAA